AUGGCCGACAGCAAUUCCAGUAAUAGCCCAAGCGACAAUAGCAACAGCAAUGGCAAUGCUAACGGAGGGAGCGACGUAGUUGUUGCGAUUGUUGCUCUCGUCGUCUCGGUGGUCGCUCUCUUUGCAGCGACUCUACAGAUCAUGCAAGCGAUCUUUGCGUCGGCUAAAGGGCUUCCCAAUUGCACCGAAGACGUGAUGGGAGGAUGGGCGAAAGGCACGACAAAACGGCCAAAGUUCAAGGAGCUACGUCUCGAGGUUAGGUUCGAGGCGCCAAUCAUCUUUCUAGCCCCCCCAAACAACCAGAAUAAACCUGAAAAAGGAGAGAUGUGGUCCGUGGAGGGCACUGAGAAAAGUUGUACCAAGAACCGACUCGAAUAUGCCAAGAUAUUCCCAAACCCUGGACCAGCCAACGGAACCAACGACGAAAAGCCGUCUAAGCCUACUGAAAAGGUCCACACUGUCAACAACGAGCUAGCAACAUGGGUCUAUCUCCUAAUCGCCCUUGAAAGAAUGGAGAAGGAUUCCAAAGAAUGGGAGUGCAAGAAGCUCCAAGGGGAAUGGUUGCCAAGUUCCAUCAUCCCGGACCUGCCUGAGCCGACUUUGGCCGUGAAAGUACAGGCGAAGGAAAGAAGCUUCGAUGCGAACCCCUCCAUCAAGAAGCCCUAUGCAACCUCUACGAUCUCUCAUCUGGUCGAGCUAGCAGCAAUACUUGGACUCUAUUGGAGAGUCUUCGACCGAGACAACAACCAGUACCGCGCGGAAGGAAAUGGCUAUAGUCUGACUGGCUCACGUGUACCCGACUUGGGCGUCGUCUUUGUUUUUGAGAAAACUGGUCCCACUGUAUUUGAGGAGCGACGAGUGAUUCCGACAUCUGAAGUGAAGGAGCUCUGUUUUGGGCGAGUGCCAACUUUCUAUCGAGUUAAGAAGGAUCCCGACGAAGACUUGGAGUGGCAGAGGGAGUUCAAAACGUCGUCGGGAACUGGAACCAAGGUCGAAAUCCUUCAACUGAGCACUCGCGAUGCCAUUGCGGAGACUUUGACCCAGAUAGGAUGCAACGGCAAAACCACGCUCUUCUACAGAGAAGGAAAGAAAGACCGGCACCUCUUUUCUGUUACCUUCGAGGUCAUCGGCAUGCUCGCCCGAGUUUUGCACAUUGAAGGAAGAUGCUUCCGUUUCCUGCCCAAUCCAACAAUCUUCUCUUGGGACAGAGAUUCGUUGUCACUCCAGCGUCUGCUCAUCGCUUUUAGCGGACUGUUGAUGAACGAUCUCACGGUUGUUGAAGAAGAGGCGGAGACUGUCAUCGAUGAGAGGGUUGAAACUGCCGUCGAAGAUAUUAGGGCUCUUUCGGAGUCAGCGGAGGAGAUGAGCAACGAUUUUGACGAGAACCCGCCUCUAACGAGCAAAAGAAUGAGUCUCUUGCACAAAGCCAUCGAUAUGGCAGACAAAUCUCUCAAGAAACGAGACCAGGGAAUCGUGCUCGAUGUGCUACGUCGUCACCUCCAGGAAGUGUUGGCAGCCAUCAACAGUCCGGACAAAAGGGGAAAAGAACAGAUUUCGUUUCGGGACCUGCUUGGUAUCCCUUUGGAGAUGAGAGAACAAAGGUUCAUGGAAACAUACUUCGAGCGCAUACUAUGGCGUGUAGUGCCUACCAACUCUACCAAGAGGGGCAAGCGAGACGACGAGGUCGUUUCAAGAGCCAUACACGACGACACAGAGAAACGAAGAUCCCGCUUGGGUAACGGCUCACCCCAAGCCGGCAGCGCAGUCCCUCCGUCGCCGUUGAGACUUAACCCCGGAGAGUCUCCAACCAAGGCUCUAGACGACUCGACGCCCACGCCCGGCAUCAGCAGGGUCAAGACGUGGCCUCAUCGCAUCGAAACUGAGCAACCUGGUGAUCAGCCGGAACUUCCGCAGCCAAGCAAGUUGUCAGAGCUGCCACAGUGGGAGACGAUAGUACCCAACCAUAUUGAGAUGCAGCGUCUGGCAAUAUGGUAUACACUUGUAUUUAGGAUGAUUUGUUGGUUGAUGUUGCACGACUUCGACAAAAAGGAUGUGCAAGUGUCGAAAAGCAAACAAAAGGCUGCGAGCUAUUCAUUUCAACGCUCAUUCGAUCCCCGGAUCUCAUCAAACGACACCAUGACAUCGUCAUCAGAGCAGCCCGCCGCCCUAGAGGAUGGCCGGCGCAUUUAUCUAGGCAAUCUUCUCUACAGCAUCCAGCCCGUCGACAUCGAGGAGAUGCUGAAAGACAAUGGCUUUGAAGGGUACGAAAAAAUUCACAUCUCCAUGGAUCCAGUAUCGGCUCGGAAUCCCGGAUACUGCUUCGUCGAUUUCGCUGAGCGCGCAGACGCCGAACGGGCACUAUCCUCCCUUGAUGCGCGCCUUCGUGGUAGACCACUCAAGGUCGGCCCAUGCGAGCCCAAGAAGCAGAACCGGAGUCGCUGGCAAAGCGACAGAGAGCCUUCCUUCAACAGGUGGGGAGACUGGUCAGGAUCGCGGGGUGAGGGCGGCGACGAGGCUGGCAGAUCACCAGCGCGGAACGGUAGGAACGGCGGCAUCGAGAGCGGACCGUACGGCGCCAUCAAGCACUUCGACGAGGUCGUUGCGACGGAAGGGGAUGGCAGGAGACUCUAUGUUGGAGGAUUGGGUGCGAUGGUUGACCAGGCACAACAUCAGGAUGAACUGCAACAAAUUCUUGAGGGCCACAAGCCGUAG